AAAUUCGAAGUCGAACAACGCCACCGUUGUUGCACGCGCGCGUCCGCUGCCUGACACGUUUCGUGUGCACUUGAACCGAACGUUUAAAACCUCGGUUUCCUACAAACACGCGUUCAAAAUUACGUAGCAAGAUCGCGUAGUAUUCGAGGUGCCAGAAACCAAUGUUGGUGUGACACGGUCGACUCGUUCAUAGGUUAGACGUCCGCACGGCAGCCGUUCGCUCGACCGGCCGUUCAUUUUUCGUUCCGCGCCCGAGGCAUUCGUUCGCGUGGGCCGCGCACUCAGGCGUCCACCACCGCAUCGACGUCGGGCGCAACAGAACGACCGAGACCAUGGCCACGUGGACGGACUGCGAUGGCUGGUGGCUGUUGGCCGCUGCGCUGAUGGCCGCGGCCGCCAUCGCGUACCUGUUCUGUACGUCAACGUACGGCUACUGGCGUGACAGGAAAGUGCCGUGGCUGCGACCCACGGUGCCGCUGUUCGGCAACCUCACGUGGCAGCUGCUGGGCAUGGAAAGAUCGACCGACAUGAUCCAAAACGCGUACAACGCGUUUAGCGGCCACCGGUACGGCGGCAUUUACCAGAUGCGCAUGCCGUUCCUGAUCGUCCGUGACCCGGUGCUCAUCAACCGCAUGCUGAUCAAGGACUUCACGCACUUCACGGACCACGGCUUGUAUAAGCCCUUGCCCACCGAGAACCGGCUUGCCAACGGGCUGUUCAUUAUGAAUGGCGACCAAUGGAAGACGAUGCGCGCCAAGUUGAGCCCGGGGUUUGCGUCCAGUAAGCUGAAGCAUAUGCACGGCCAGAUGAAGGAGUGCGGCGAGGAGCUGAUGCGCAACGUGGCCGGCGUGGUGGCCACGGGUGGCCACGUGUUCGAGGUGCGUGACGUGUUGGGCAGGUACGCGACUGACGUGAUCGGCACGUGUGCGUUCGGCCUGCAGUUGAAUACCAUCAACGACGACCAGUCCCCGUUCCGGCGGUACGGCAAGACCGUGUUCAAACCGUCCCUGCGCGUGCUGCUCUCCCAGAUCGCCUGGAUGGUGUCGCCCGCACUCCGAAGGGCGCUGCACGUUUACGAAAUUCCGCUCGACACGAUCGAGUUCUUCGACAACACGUUCACCGACACCGUACGAUACCGCGAGCGCAACAACGUGGUCCGGGACGAUUUGAUGCAAUCGCUGAUCAAGGCCCGCGACGAUCUGGUCGUCAACAAAACGGUACCAUCGGUUAAAUUUGAAGAAACAGAUAUCUUGGCGAAUGCAUUUUUGCUAUUCGCUGUUGGAUUUGAGACGGUGUCUACAGCGGCGAGCUUAUGUCUAUACGAACUAGCAUUGCACAAACAAAUCCAAGAUCGGGUGCGAGAAGAAAUUAAUACGGUGAAAUUCAAAUACAACGGGGAAAUGAACAAUGAAUUUCUAAUUGAUUUACAGUAUUUAGAAAUGGUGUUGGCUGAAACCAUGCGGAAGUAUCCACCAGUGUCUACACUGUUUAGAGAAGCUACAAAAGACUACCAGGUACCCGAUGACACGCUGGUAAUUGAAAAAGGUACGAAAGUUCUGAUUCCGGUCCACGCACUUCAUCACGAUCCUGAAUUUUACCCGGAUCCCCAGGCGUUCGAUCCUGAACGGUUCACCCCGGAAGAAAAGGCCAAAAGACCAAGUGGUACAUAUCUACCAUUCGGAGACGGACCUCGCAUAUGCAUAGGGAAACGGUUUUCUGAAAUGGAAAUGAAAUUGGCCCUAACCGAAAUCUUGAUCAAAUACGAAGUGGAACCUUGUGAUAAAACCGAAAUUCCGAUAACAUUCAGUAUGAACGCGGUAGCCAAUUUACCGGCAAAUGGUGUUUGGUUAAAAUUUAAACCAAUACAGUAUCCCAAAUGAACGUAAUAGGAUUUUGUCGAUAGAGAAAGGAAAAUAAUUUAAUUAACCUAUGAAUUAAUAUAUUACACUUAAAUGGAACACAAAUAAUUGUGUUAUCCAUUAACGCACAUUUUAUUAAAAUUAAUAUCGUAUAGAUUAAAGAUAUUAAAUAUAAAAACUUAA